AUGCUGAUUGAAUUUGCAAGCGAUCUGAGUGGUGGUAUUGUGCAGAUCGAUGUGGGGGAAUCCAAUACCCCGUUUGAUGUUCACUUGGAACUCUUAUGUACCUGUUCUUCAUACUUUGACAACAAAUUUUCAAGUCGUUGCGACGAAGCUAUUACAGAGCCAUUCAUUUUCUUCCCAGACGAUGAUCCGCAAGUUUUUGCUCAAAUCAUCCUGUGGAUGUACCGUGGCGACAAUUCUGUUGAGGAGCUCAAAAGCAAGGAACUAGACUUCCUGAUUCGACUUUGGAUUCUGGCCGGCAAACUCGAAAUGAAAGAUUUGCAGAAAUUGGUGAUGGCGAUAUGUGAGAAAAAGUCCGGACAUAUGGGCCAAGACACAGUCAAUUACAUCUAUUCCCACACCUUGCCUGAAUCCCAAAUGCGGCGUCUGGCAGUGGACAUAGGGGUGCGAAGCGCCACUACGAAAGAUUUUGAGAAAGAAAAAGGGAAAUUUUCGCGGCCCUUUCUGGAGGAUCUGUGCGCUGAAUUGAUCAAGAAAAGAGUGGAUGCAGAUUUGCCUAUCCCUUUGCGCAAUUUUCCAGAGGAUCGUCAUUCCACUCGCCUAUCACCAUCGACCGACCUUGAGGAACAGAUAUUCCGACCGGAAGGGGAGGUCGACACCAAAAAACCUGCUACUGUGGCCCAGAUGAAUUCAAGGAGGGUCAAACGCGGAAAAAUUUAA